AUGUAUAAAUGCCUAAUCAAGCUGUCCUUGCAUCAGAGGACAGCCCAGGGGACAGGGAGCAGGAUGGCUCACGGCAUCCUGGGGCUCCUGAGGCCCCUGCAGAGCAGACUGAGCGCCAGCAGAACUCGCCUGGUUCUUCUCUGUGCUGUGACUGCGCAGCACCAGAGCCCAGCAAGGGGCUGGGCAGAGAGAGGCUUCAGCUCCACGCACCAGGAUGCCCCUGGGGAGUCCAGCUCUGAGGAUCAGGUGACAGUGCAUUUUAUAAAUCGGGAUGGAGAGCGACUAACGACCACAGCCAAAGAAGGGGAGACUUUGCUGGAAGUGGUAGUCAAUCACAACUUGGCCAUUGAUGGAUUUGGUGCCUGUGAAGGGACAUUAGCCUGCUCUACCUGUCACCUCAUCUUUGACAAGGACACCUUCCAAAAGCUUGAUGCCAUCUCAGAUGAAGAGCUAGACAUGCUGGACUUGGCAUAUGGGCUCACUGACACAUCACGCCUUGGCUGCCAGGUGUGUGUUAAGAAGUCGAUGGAUGGUGUGACAGUGAGGGUCCCCAUGGAUGUGUCGGACAUGAGGAGGCAGCUGGAGGUUGGAAAGCAAAGCAAACAGUGACUGGAAACGACUGCUGCACAGCUUACACCCUCAUUUAGGUGUGGCAGGGUACUUAGCUCUUGGUUGAUGCUAUUGCUUUUUGUGGCUGGCUCGCAGUAGGCCAUAAAGGUCUGAUUUAGUAUAAAAGGCGUGUUUGGCAAAUCUCUUAUUUGAACAAGGCAGCAUGCUUAAUAGGGUCUUUGGUAUGUGUUUUAAGUGCUUAAAUGCUUUGCUGAACCAACUGGAUUAAAGUGUAAGGCUUUAUAUUUCCCUGGGUGGGUGUCAGUAAAUAUCUCUGCUGUAUGUGACUUGCUUUCUCCUUUGAAAUUUAAGAAUUCUGCUAUUCUGAGUAACUGCUGAGAAUUUUGCAAGGCUUGGCUCUUUAAAAGUGGAGCAGACUUUUCCAGUUUGGGAAGCUUAAGAAGAGAUUGCUGUUUGCAAGUCAGUGUACUGAUGGGCUUGGUGAUGUAGGUGACUUGAGUUUGGUCAGCAAGAAUAUACUGAGGACAUUUGUGUACGGACAGUUCCUGUAAGCAGGAACCACUUCUAUGAACUUGAGAUGUUUCGGGUCCCUGAAUUGUUCUGUGCUGUGAGCAGCCACUUUCUCCAAAUGUUAAAUCUUCUCAUUGCUGUACUACCCCACCUGUCAAAUAAAAUUCUAACAAUGA